AUGCCGUCCAGGACAAACUCGACGAGCGUCAAGCCCGCGGUCACCGUUUCGGUCAAGCGAUUUGAGCUUCCAGCACUAGAGUUCAAGUUCGCCUCGCUGACCGAGGGCACCGAUAUCCCAGCGCCCCUACCAUCUCCAGUACUGGCGGCAGUGCCAACGCCGCCCGAGACGCCCAAGGAGCAAAAGAAGGCGACAUCGAUAGUAAAGAAGGUAACCGAUACGGGACCUUCACCAGCCAAAUCGACCACCUCCUCUGGCGGCACCAAGCGGCCGGCCGAAGAUAACCCGUCGUCGCCGACGUUGUCGAGCCGCCCCGGCAGCAUCCGACGGCUGUUCAGCAGGAAUCUGCUCAACAACGCGUACGCCAAUGGCGAGGAGGGCGCGAUGAAUGUGGAGCCAAGUGCGGCGCGGCCGCCGAGCCGUAGCAACAGCACCCUGGCGGACCCCAGGAAGACGAAGCGCGCAAGCGGCUGGUUCAGCCGGUUACGGAGUAGUGACAGCGCGGCGAACAAGCGCAACGGCGUGACAGUGACUUCAACGCCGGUCAUUGACGAGAAAAAGGCAACGGGCCCACCGCCACCCAUGAUCCCCGAGCUGAGCGAGCUCAAGUCGAAAGUGGACGUCCAGAACGAGGGCCAUUUCGGGAGCGAUCUGUUCAAGGAUAUAAACUAA